AUGGUAGCAAUGGGUAGUCGAGAUCAAGAAGAGUGGGAAAGAGAAAAACAAUUCAAUAACCGUGGGGGAAAUAAUCAAAGACUUGAUAACCAGCCAGAAGGAUAUGUGGGCCAAAAGCAGUAUUUUAAUCAAGGUCAAAGAGGCAAUAAAGUAGUUUGGGAGCCUAUAAAGAUGUCGUAUCUAAAUGCUACAGUAGAAAAAAUAUGGGAAGCUAUAAUUUUGAUGGAAGAAAUAUCGGCACCACCAAAUGCGGGAAAUGAGCCACUACCAGGGAGGAGAAAUAGAGAAUUUUGUGCUUAUCAUCGCUUUCAUGGUCAUACAACAAAUAAUUGUAGGGACAUAAAGAAAAUCAUACUGCGAAUGAUAGAUCAAGGAAAGUUAGAUCAAUUUCUGGUACAACAACAACAUAAUCUACCACCACCACCUCCAGAAGGUCGCACACAAGGCACGAAGACAGGAAGAAAUACAUAUUUGAUAGAGAAGCAACUUAUUUCCUUCAACGCAGAAGAAGUACCUGGAGGUGGAGAACCGCACGAAAGUCCUUUAGUGGUAAAGUUGGAAAUCAACCCAAAAGCAAAAACUGAUGAAGAGGAAGACGCGAAUACAUGGGCUAUUAACAGAAUACUAAUAGAUCCUGGUAGUUCGGUGGACAUCUUAUUUUACCAUACAUACAAAACUAUGGGUGGUCGAGAUGAAGAGCUUAUUUCCUCUACUUAUAAGAUAUACGGUUUUAACGGCACGGAUAAUAAACCGAAGGGAGAGAUAACAAAGCGGAUUCCUUUAAAAAACAUAUCAUCUGAAAUAGUAUUCUGUGUUGUUGAUGUAGAAUCACCUUACAAUUCUUUGAUUGCAAUACCGUGGUUGCGUGGUAUUCUAGGGGUGGCUUCAACUUUCCACCAAUGCAUCAAGUUUCCUCUUCCUCAAGGCGUAUGA